AUGUCAUUAGGCUUAAUCGUUUAUGCAGCUGCUAAGCCAAUCUUUAAAAUCUACUUCAUCAUAGCUUUAGGUUUCUUCCUUGCUAAAAAGAACAUCUUAACCGUCACAACCACCAGAGAUAUAGCUGAUGCCAUCGUAAGUGCCAUUAUGCCAUGUUUAAUCUUUGAUAAUAUUGUCACAAAUUUAAAAAGUUCUGAUAUAAAAAAUCUAGGUAUAAUCUUCUUUACCGGAACUUUAUUAUUCCUUUGUGGAGUGGUAUUGGCCUAUAUCACUCAUAUUUUAACUAAAUCACCAAAAAGAUGGUUAGGUGGUUUAUUAUCAGUCGGAUUAUUUCCUAAUAUUUCCGAUUUACCAAUUGCUUAUUUACAAACUUUAUCCCAGGGUGAUGUCAUAUUCACGACUGCACAAGGUAGUCUUGGUGUAGCAUAUGUUUGUAUCUUUUUAGCAUCUCAAGUAUUCUAUCAAUUCAGUCUUGGAUUAUAUCGAUUGAUUGAAUGGGAUUUUAGAGAUGAAUUAUUAGCUGAAUCCAUUAUUGAUGAAGAAAAACAGUUUGAUGAUUCAAGUGAAGAUGAUACAAAUAAUCUUACUACUCAACAACAACAACAAAAAAGUAAUAAUUUGCCUAUUCCAUUAAGUGCGAAUGUUCCCACGGUAAGUAUAGAUGAUGCUAUAUCUAUAUCCUCCAGUGAUGAUUCACAAGCCAUUUCAAAUCAUGAUGAUGAACUAAAUGAUGAAAAUGAUGAAAAUGAUGAAACAAGUAUCACUAGUGAAAAGACAAAGAAAAAAUCAAAAGCUUCUAAUCCUGAACGAGAAGAAACUAAUCAACAUGAUGAAUUUUUAAGAGCUCAUAGUUUAAGUAAAUUGAAUUCUAAUCCAAGAUCACUCUCAUCAACUAAUAGUUCAAGAAGAGAUUCCCUUAGCGGUGCCAAUAUCAAUUCUUUACAAAUGAUUCCAUCAAGAACUACAGAAUUAAGAAGAUUGAAAUCUCAAGACAUUCAAGAUGUGAUUAAUGAAUAUUCUGAAUUUGAAAAUUUAAAACAUAAUGAAAUCCGUAAAACCAUCACGGCCAUGAGUGAUGUAGGAGCUAUAUCAGUUAAAGAUAAAAAUGAUAGAUUAAUAGAUUCUGAUGAUACACCUCCUAUAUUAACCAGAGGUCAAAAAUUUAAAAAACAAUUACUUCAAAUUGGGAAAAAUUUCCUUGCACCAAAUUCAGUAUCAUUAAUUGUAUCAACCAUUAUUGCCAUGUCACCUCCUUUAAAAGCAUUAUUCGUUCCUACCGACAAUUUCAGUAUUCCUCCUGCUCCAGAUGGUCAACCUCCAUUAUCAUUCAUUAUUGAUUUAACCAGUUAUGUCGGAGCUGCUUCAGUUCCAUUAGGAUUAUUAUUAUUAGGAGCCACUAUUUCAAGAUUACAAGUUAAAAGAAUGCCUCCUGGAUUUUGGAAAACAGCAGUAAUGAUGACUGCUGCCAGAUUAAUUAUAAUCCCCAUCAUUGGAGUUGGUUUAACUACUGGAUUUUCUAGAGGUGGUUGGUAUGGUGAUGAUAAAUUAAUUCGAUUUGUAAGUGUAUUAGAAUUCGGAUUACCGAAUGCUACUGCCCUUGUUUAUUUCACCGCAUUUUAUACUGAUCCUACAUCUGAUGAUCAUUUACAAAUGGAUUGUCUUGCCAUUUGUUUGAUUUGUCAAUAUUCAAUUCUUUUUAUAACUUUACCAAUUUUAGUCACAUUUACAUUAAGUGUUUCCUUGGGUUUUUAA